AUGGAUUUUACCAAGGUGGUCAGUGAUGGCUAUGCCUCUGGCGAGAGUACCUACUCUGCAGACACAGGCGUUUGCUGUUGCCUGGCAUGGCGACUGACAAAGGCUUGCCAGGCCGGCAUCCGCAAAGAGCAGCUGCGGGCGUUGCACCUGGAGAUCCAGUCCUUCCGGGAGCUGCUGGGCGCCACGGCCGUGGAGGUGGCAGCCAGCCACGGCGCGCUUCAGUGCAAGGACUCGAGGCACCUGGCGAUCAGCGCGGAAGACGUGGCCCUGCGCCUGGGUCAGCUGCUCUGCGUGUGGUGCGCGCAGCAGGAGCCCUGCAUCGAGAUCACGGUUGGCAUGCACACUGGAGGUUUAGACAUCAUCCACCUGCCGGGGGGCUCCAAGCUGUACGUGGGCUCAAGCCUUCAUGGCGCCACUGAACUUGCCAAUGACGACUACUACGAGUUCACGCCGGGCAUUCUCAGAGGUCUUUGUGACCCAGAGCACUUGAAAUCCUUGCAGGUACCUCUGGCUGAGGCCUUCAAAGGCUACACGCUGCGGCAUGUACGCGGGCAGGCACCGGAGCCCGGACAAAAUUGGGCGGGGCUUCAGCCACUGGUGACGCCCAGAUAG